AUGCGCAUCCCCUACGUCGCCAACCCGCCGCCAACCUCAACCCCGGAAGACGCCGCCAUCGUCUCCCGGAUCCAAGCCCGCCGCAACCCCCGGCCUUUGCAGCCCCUCGACCUGGCUCUUCUACACGCCCCGCCCGUUGCCGACGGCUGGAACUCCUUCCUCGGCGCCGUCCGCACGCAGACCACCAUCCCCGCGGACCUGCGCGAGCUCGCCAUUUCGCGCGUCGCCGUCGUCAACCGGGCCUGGUACGAAUGGGGCCACCACGCGCCGCUGGCUGUCGCAGCGGGCGUCUCGGCGGAUGCCAUGGAUGCCGUCAAAGUCGAGGCGCCGCUGGAGCUAGGCGCUCGGCCCGCGCUGCAUUUGAGCGAGAAGCAAUGGGCCGUUCUGGUGUACUCGGAUGAGAUGACGAGGAACGUGAGGGUCAAGGAUGAGACUUCUGACAAGUUGAAGUCGUUGUUCAGCGAACGGGAGGUCGUGGAGAUUACGACAACGCGUUCAGUUGGCGAAAGGAACAGCACUGGCCCUGACGACGUCUCGCUCACUGGACAUUGA